AUGUCGUCUUUCGCCGAAUGUGAGUCCCUAUCUUCGCCUGCGCCGCCCACUGACUGUCAGGACCUCAAGCACCGAGCCUUCACUGUUGGCAUUGCGGCAUAUACCUUCUGGCAAAGGACCCUGAUGCACCAGCACAUUCCGACCGCCUUCACAACAGGCCGCAAGAUCCUGGCCUUGCUGGGCGACUUCGUGACGCUGUAUCUGGGCAAAGUCUCCAGUGAACUUGAAGCUUUGUCCCUUCAGAUUUGUGCUUCACAAACGGAGAUAACACUUGACGACAUCACCAAAUUGCUCUUCCUCAUCCAAGCGUGGGCCUCAAUCCACGACUGGCUGGACUGCGUCGCAACCGAACUCGAUAAUCACGCCGUUGGGGACGCAGAACAAAAAAUUUCAAAUUUGUGCGAGCAACUCAUCGAUAGAGACCGUCAAAUGAAAGAAAAGAAUGCGACGAUAGCUGAUCUCACCGACCAACUAGCCGCACAAGACAACAAGGUGUACCAGCUUACCUCCGAGCUGGACGACUCAUUCGCGAAGAUUGAUGCCCUCCGUGAGGCGCUCGAGGAGGCCCUUGCAGCGGAUAAGGCUGCCUGUGCCCAGGCUGACGUCGUCGUCGCCCAGAUGGAUGCCCUCCGGCAACAGAAGGCCGUAGCCGUUGAAGAACUCGCCCGUGUGCAGGCUGAAGCUGCUGCCCUCGCCGCCGAAAACGCUGCCCUCCGUGAACGGGAGCAGGCCCAGGUCUUAGAGCUUGAGGCCAAGUAUAAGGAGAUCGCUGCCUUGCGGCAGCAGCUGGGGAUUUUGCAGAAGCAGGCCAACGAGCAUCUCCAAACCGAGGUGAGGACAUAA